CUACAUAGUACUGGCCUCCAAAGACAUUCACAAUGGACAGAGUUUAUCCGCUGUGCACGCCCAUUUACUGUGUAGGCCCCUUGCCUCCGAAGUCGAGUGAGUGAGUGAGGACAUGAGUUUGUGAUAAAGAUUCAACUUUGACUGCAGAGACACUGAGGGGUCUGCCUACCUAAUCAAGACUAGUCACAGUAGUAACGACUUCAUUACGAUCCUUACUUAUUACCUAGUUAGGGCUAAUGAGAUACGCUAUGGAAAUGCCUGGCAUCCCACUAGAGCCAGCCUAUCAGCUGCGCAGAUACCAGCCUAAUCUAAUCAUCGCCCAGGAUGCAGAUUAUUGCAAAAGCAGCUUCAUUGACCAAGUCCGAAUGCUUAGAGUCUAAUACAACCACUAAAAGCAAUCGAAAGCGUAUCUGAAUCCCGUUCGUUGUACACUAUACCAGGAACUGCACUUUACUGAAACUGACGGUACGAAGAUCUGAAGUUGUGACUGCGAGCAGCACACUGCACCCUUGCAGGCAGAGAGAUCUCAUUCAAUAUGCCACACAAACACACCCGCAGAUUACGGGAUGAAUCAACUUUCGACUUACCCCCGACGCAGAUCGCCAAACCGCUGCCUGUGAAACAGCCCGUGUCGAAAGAAAAUGAUAAGCGUGGCACGAAGCCAAAAGGGACACCUGUGCAGCCAGCAAGCAGCUCAAAGAGAAAACGCACGACAACGCCAAAGGAUGACGCACCGCGUGCAUUCAAGAGAUUAAUGGCUUUUUCGAGCGGUAAAAAGCCGCGAUCUGGUCUUGACAAUGGCGACGAACCACGCGGCGCCAAGAACAAAAAACGAAAUGCGGCCGAACAAGCGAAACCCGCCGAAACUAAUACCGAAGUUCAGCCAUCAACGGCUGUGAUACCUACGAUCCGCCCCGGGGAACGCCUGUCCGAGUUCUCCGCACGGGUUGAUGCUGCACUGCCUCUUGCCGGCUUGGUUAACAAGUCCAUGAAAGGAAACAAGGAUCCCUUGGGACUAAAGGUGUGGCGAACCAAUAAGGAGAGGAAAAUGCACAAACUGUAUGAUGAGUGGAGGGAACAGGAUCGAAAGAUCAAAGAGAGACGCGAGGAGGAGUUGGAGCUAGAGGCAGAGAAGGAACUCGAAGAAGAAGAGAGUGGCGUUUCUUGGAAGCUCAACGUCGGAAACCAAGGAUCUGGUAAGCGAAAGAAGAAAGCCAAAGACGAUGACGAUCCCUGGGCGAUUUUAAAGAAGAAACGCGGGGAGUCUCGUCCUGGUCUCCACGAUGUUGUAAAUGCCCCCCCUGAGUUUACAGCAAGGCCAUCGAAUCAGCUCCUCGUUCGAGGUGCAGCAGUACAAGUGAAGAACGUUCCGAAGGCAGCAGGCAGCUUGAAACGGAGGGAAGAGUUAGAAUCAGCCAGGGAUGACAUUAUCGCAGCAUACCGAAGAAAGAUGGGGGAGAAGCAACCGUCCUUCCACAUGGCUUGAUUGGGGAUAUGUUUCUUUGGUCGUCCUAUAGUAACUAUACAUAGUAUUUAGUGAUACCCUUGAUGAAUUGUUUCAAAGCUAUCCUUAUUGGAUAAGACUCUUAUAUUCGUCAUUCCAUGAAAAUGCUACAAUCCUAUGGUCUGCGAUCGAAAAUUGGAGCAAUGGGUAGAAAUCUCUAUUCACUUCAUCAACUACCUUAACUUGGUAGCGACGCAUAAAGUCCUAUACUGCAA